AUGGCGAAAGCGGACCCUCGCCCUUGCCCAAAUGGUGCCGAAGGGCAAAGUUUGUCCGCCAGAGAGGCUCACGGACUUUGGAGGUCCUUGCGAGAAGUGAGCGACUCAAGCAUCAAGGAGCAGAGAAGGCUCCUUGCCAAGCUUCUUGGGGAGAGCAGUUUGGUGGCCAUCGUGGAAGAUGCGCAGGAUCAGAGGGUCACAUCCAAGUGGCUUCCAGCGCACAUCAGAUCCGAGAUCAGGACGGCGCUCUCCGAGCUGAGAGCCUCUGAAAGCCUCCAACUGGCGAUGCAAUGUCCCACUGUCAGUCGGGACUACACCACCCAUGACAUGCUGGAGGUCCUAGAUCAAGAUGAUCUGGACGAUGUUCGGCAGCUCUUGUGCAAGGCGGCCCAAGGGGGACGCCAGCUUUGGGAGUGGCUGAACGCCGCCGCCGAAGAGGAGGAACCCGUGGGUUUCUUUCGAGAAUCCAUGCUGAACAUGGCGGUCUUGGCACUGCAACGUCGAAUCGCUCGGCUCGAAGGGCACCUGCUCAGCUGGGGUAACAGCAGCAUCCAAGAAGGCGGAGAUCUGAUGAGAUCUGGAUGUGAAGCUUCUGAUCAAUGUGUGAAAGGCCUGAGACAGCAGCUGAUUCAGAGCUCCGAGGUCCUCAUUUGGUGCCGAAUGCGACGGGACAUGGCCUGCGAGAACUCGGGGCUCCGUGAGAGUUUCGGGCACAACACCUGGAAGGAGUGGAUGAAGGGUCUGCCGUGCAACGGCAAGAAGCCUUCCUACGGCGCAUGGCCCUACUCGAUGAAAAGUCGAAGGACGGUGCCGGGGCGGCGACCAGGAGGGAAGGAGGGCUGGAGGGCGCCGCGAGGAGAUUGGGCUGGAUGGCAGUGGAAGAUCCUCAUGUCGUUGAAGACCUUGAAGGGGAAAGAUGAGCCCCACAUCCUUUUCGUGCUGGUGGAUGAUUUGGGCUGGGCCAAUGUCGGCUUCAACCUGGAAGAGAAGAAUCCAGAAGUGGUGACUCCAACCUUAGACCACUUGGCAGCCUCUGGUAUCCACUUGAAGCGUCAUUAUGUACACAAGAUGUGCACGCCCAGCCGCACCUCAGUCCAAUCAGGCCGCUUGCCCGUCCACGUUAAUACGGGUCUGGGGGACGUGUGUGAUGACAACACUGGGAUUCCAUACAACAUGACGGGCCUGGCUGAGAAGAUGAAAAUGGCCGGCUACAAGACUCACUUCGCUGGAAAGUGGGAUGCUGGGAUGGCAACUCCUGCCCAUACACCGCAUGGGCGAGGCUAUGAUACGAGUCUCAACUAUUUCUCCCACAAGAACGACUUCUACAGCCAAGCAAACAUGCAAACCUGCUGUGAGCAGGACCAAUCCCUCAUUGAUUUUUGGCGCACAGAUCAUGGUGCGGCCGAUGUGAAUGGGACCGGAUAUUCAGAGUUUCUCUAUCAGAAGGAGUUGUUGAGUGCUUUGGGCUUGCUUCAGCUGACGGAGACGGCUUCCUCCAUGAUGCUCCUGAAAAUACCCCACUCCUCUCACAAAAGAUCUGGAAAUCCUGGGGUGCGAGUGUGA